AUGACUAUUUACUCAAUCGCAUUAAUAUCACGUGGAGGUAAUAUUUUAACAGCAAUACAAAAUUAUAAAUUAAAGAAUUUUUCAUCAAUACUUGCUCAAUUCUCAAGAUUAGAAAAAGGUAGUCAAGUUACUUUUAUUCAAUUAGAAAAAAUUAAAUAUAUAUAUCAACCUGUAGACGAUAUUUAUGUUGUAUUAAUUACUUCAAUUAAUUCUAAUAUUGUUGAAGAUACUCAAAUUCUUCAAUGCAUUGUUUCUGUAUUAUCACAACGACUUGAUGGUAUAACAGAGGCAAAAAUAUGUUCAGAUGUUUUUGUGAUUACUGAUGUUAUUUCUGAAUUUUGUAACUUUGAUGGAACAUGUGAAAAAUUAACUUCGUCUGAUAUUGAACAAAACUUAGUUAUGCAAAGUCAAGAAGAAGAACUUUAUUUCCUUGAACUUAAACAAAAGAAAAGUGAUGCUAAAAAACUUGCUCAACAAAAAGCUUCAGAAUUAUCAGCAGAAAAAAAGUCAAGAGAAAAAUUGGAAAAACAAAAAGGAAAAGAACAAAAAGCUAUCGAUGAAAAGUAUCAAGAAAUUCAACGAAUUCAACAAGAACAAAUGAUUAAAAUGCAAGAAGAAGAGGAAGAAAAAAGACGUAUUGAAAAACAGAAAAAGAAAGAAACAAUCAAAAUGAAGAAAGGAGGUAUUACUCUUGGUAAACAAAAGAAAAUUUUAUUUGACGAGGAUGAAGAAAAAAUUCUUAAUAAUGAAGAUGAUGAAGAUCGUUCUACUAAUCAACAAGAAGAAGAAGAACAAAAACAACAACCAAUUCAAGAAAAGAAAUUAAUGACUGAAAAUAUGAUUGUUAAAUUAAUCGAAAAUGUUUCAUGUUCAAUGUACUCUGAAAAUUCUACUUGUUCAUUAAGUUUAUCUGGUUCAUUAAGUGUUUCUGUUGCUGAUGCUUCUUUAACACAUACUCCUAUUACUAUUAAUCAAUAUGAAUUACCAUUAAAAACACAAUUACAUCCUCAAAUGGAUACUACUGCUUUUAGUAAAGAUCAUAUAUUAAUUCCAAAAGCCAAUGCUAAAGGAUAUGCCAUUGGACCAACACCAUCUCUUCUUAUCAAAUGGAGUUACGCUUCUACAGACAAUGAGUCUUUACCAAUUAGUGUUACUUGUUGGCCAUCAGAAGAAGAGAACCACCUUAGCAUGACAAUUUCAUAUGAAACUAAAAAACAAUUAAAUAACCUUCGUAUUAUUGUUCCUGUUAAAGAAAAUGUUAUUGUUGAUAGUUGUGAAGGAACAUACAAUAUGGAAGAUGGACUUGUAUGGAUAAUUGGAAAUGUAGAAAAUGGAAGUACUGGAGCUAUGGAAUUUACAUUGAACGAUAAUAAUCUAAGAACAGAUGAUAUGUUUCCAGUCAAAAUUGACUUUGAUGUUGACCAAACAUAUUCUGGUAUGAAAAUUAAUGAAAUUAAAUUGGAUAAUGUUGAUACAUCAAUUCAAUGUACAACUGACUUCAAAGUUUUCCCAUAA